CACGAAUCUCUCCAGCAAGACACAAAUAAUUAUCCGUCAAUAUCACUAACGACGUCUUCUUCCACUUUAUGUUGAACGCGUUCUACAAUGGCUCCCUCGAGGAUCUCACCAGAACCGACGGCACCGUCACAAUUACCAACGGGCCUUAGUCCCAAACAGAUUGCGACCUUUUGGCGGGAUGGCUAUCUGGUAAUACCCUCAUACCUCUCUCCAGAGACGUGCCAGAGUCUCCUCUCCAAGACACAAGAGCUCCUCACCGAGUUCCCACUGGCGGACCACCCCAUGACGCGGUUCACCACCGGCAAGGAUGAAAACGGCGACACGACCUCGAAACAGCACGUGGGGGACGACUACUUUUUGACCUCGGGGGACAAGGUGCGCUUCUUCUUCGAGGACGACGCGUUCGACCAAGAGACGGGCGAGUUGAUCAAGCCCAAAGAAAGGGCGAUCAACAAGAUCGGGCACAACCUGCAUGGGUUGGUGCCCGAGUUUGGCAACGUUUCACACGCGGGCAGCGUCGGUCGGCGCAACGCGGCCAUUGCGAGGGACCUGGGGUAUAAAGAUCCGAGAUUGCUCCAGAGCAUGGUGAUAUGCAAACAACCCGAGAUUGGGGGCGCCGUCAACCCACACCAGGACAGCACGUUCCUGUACACGAACCGCCCUUCGGCCGUUGGGUUCUGGAUCGCCCUGGAGGAUGCCACGGCAGAGAACGGAUGCCUGAGUUUUGCUCCCGGUAGCCAUCGCAGAGCGUCGAUAAAUGAAAGGUUUGUGCGAAACGAGGACGGCACGGGGACCACGUUUGUGCCUAUACCCAAAGAAGAGGAGCAGUGGCCCAGAGAUUUCGAGCACGCAGUAGACUCUACGGCGUCGUCUUCGUCGUCGGACGGGAACAACGAGGAAUACGUGCUGGGAGAAGUCAAGGCUGGAAGUCUGGUUUUGAUCCAUGGGAACAUCCUGCACAAGAGUAAAAAGAACACGAGUCGAAAGGGACGAAUAAUCUACACUUUUCAUCUGAUCGAGGGGGAGGAGCAUUAUGAUGAUCGGAAUUGGUUACAGGUACCAGGAGGCCCGAGCCAAUUUACCAAGUUGGACGGGACGACGGCGUAGACGUGACACACAUUUCCUGAUCGCAAAUGGCAUAAUCAACUUUUCUCGAGUACUCGUAGGGGAUUGCACACCGUACUUCAAAC